AUGGAUGCCAUGGAGAACCCGGUCCUGGAGCCCAGGUCAGAGCGGAUCGCUCGCUACAAGGCUGAGAGGAGGAGGGAACUGGCUGAACGCUUCGGCAACAUGGAGGAACUACCUUCAAAGUGGGUGAGGAGGGAUGGGAAAGAGGUGCAUGACCCGGCGACCCAACCCCUCAAAGAGAUGUUGAACUCAGAGGGCAUCUUGUCGCUCAGUGAAAGGAUUAACGGCAGGACUGGCAAGGUCACAAAUGGAUUAGAGGCAGAUACUUCUGCAGAAUCCAACUACCUGAGAAGGCAGGGUUCCCAGGACUCUGCCAGCAUGCUGAGUGGGGAGGGGCACCUCGUCCCUCAUGGACUCGAUGCCCCGCAGCUCCACACUCGAGUGUCAGUGGGCCAGUUGAGAAGUGCCCUUCUGCGGCAGACCGGGAGUGGAGCGCAGCCCGAGAAAGUCAGCCCUGAUGCUGGUCGAGCCACGUCCUCUCUGGACCUGGCAGUGAAGCCGGGCCCUGAGGGGAGCCGGCGACGCACCCGGCGUUACCUCCCCGGCGGGUCAGGCGGCGGUCGCAAGACCAGCGAACGCUUCAGGACACAGCCAAUCACAGCCAAUGAGAUGGAGGAGAGCAGCGGGCUGUUGGAUGCAGACGAAGAGGAGAACUCUAAAGCGGAUGUGAAAACCGAUGACAGAGCCAAAAUGAGCGUAGCAGCCAAGAUGUCUUUGUUCAAAGAGCUGGAGAAGUCUGCCCCCCCCGAGGCCUCGAACUUCCUGAAGCCUCGUUCAGGGAGUGUCUCUCAUGAACGGAGGGUUCGCCGUGGCAACGAGCAACGCUUUCUUACUCAGCCAAUCACCUGUGAGGAAAUGGUGGCUAUCAGCGCCCCCAACCCAGCACCACCAGUGGAGGCCCAGACUGAGCAGGCUGACUCAGAGGAGGACGGUGAUGAGAACUGCAAGCUGAGCAUGAGUGAGAAGCUGGCCCUCUUCAACAAACUGUCUCUGCCGGGGAAGCAGGGGGACGGCCAUGCCGAAGGACCCCCAGAGAGACGGAGGCAGAAGGGGGCUCGAUACCGUACACAGCCCAUCACUGUGGAGGAGGUCAACCUGCUCCAGAAAGGCCCCGUACAGCUUCCUGCGUUCUGUUUGUCCCCUCAUCUGUCCGACAGACAGCAGGCCUCGUCUGUCAACCUAAAACCUAGUGAGGUACGCCUUUCCAAGCCAAGACCUGAUACUGGUUCCGAACCUGUGGAGCCCAGUCCUACCCAGCAAAGCUUGCCGCGCUCUGAGUCGGAGCCAGGCUUGAGAGGAAUCCUGAAGAAGAGCCGAUCUGGGGGCCCAGAGUGGAGCAUGACGGAGAGCAAUAAGCUGGACGCACCUUUCAGCCAUGAACAGAAUGGUGGAGGCUGUGGAGAGGCAGGCAUUCAGGAGAGGAUGGAGGGCACUGAGAGGCAGGAAAUACCUGUAGCACCACGGAGACAGAGGCGCCAGGCUUCAGGUGUGGAAGGAGGCUCAUUGACUGCCGCCCCCUGGAGGCAGAGGGCUCGAGCCAGGAGGGAAACCAUUGCCUGUACACCAAUAAGAGCCUUAACAGAUCAGGACGCUCCUAACGAGGAGAGGUCCUGUCAGGUCAAGCCAGAGGAACAGUCAGUUUCUUCUGUGGAACACGACCGGGAUUUGACCGGUAGAGUCCAGAAAGAGGAUGGGCAAGAGAGUGCAAGACAGAGGAAUGAAGAAACCACAGCAGUGGGACAUGUUCAGGUCACCCUGGUGGAUGGCACUACUACUCUGCAGGAGACAACCAAUAGCAGCAGUAACAAGGAAGAGACAGAAACCUUUCAUGAGGAGCGCGUCAACCCUCAGUGCUGGGAACCUGUCUUUGCCUCUGUCUAUUCUAGCACUACACCCCAAUAUAUCAUGUGUUUCAAUCAGACCAGCAUGUCCUUUGAGGCUCAAGAAGUCUGCUCUCCCACCAAGAACCAGAUUCAGCCUCAGUGGAGGCAAAAGGCAAAAGAAGUUGAGGAUGAGCAACCUCAGAUGGUCGAAACGGAAGAAAUGAAUACACAGCAGAAACUGGAAGAGCAGGAUGGAUGCAUGACUAAGAGAAGUCUUGGAUCUCCAGAAUCAGACAGAAGAAAUGACACCUCCCAUCACCAGAGGCACUCCACUGAAGCCCUAACAUGCACACAUGAUGACAUCUCUGUGCAGCCAGUGAUGGAGUUUGAAGCUCAGCAGAGUGCGCCACUCUCAGUAGCUACACAGGAGGUGAAGGAAGUGACACCUGUGGAUGAUUCGAACACGUGUGAUGGAGGUUUCUACAUCGAGCAGUCGCCUCCCUCCGCCUGCGAACCCCCACCAUGUAGACAUACUGCUGCCACAGAGAGUGAGCAGGACCUGGAUGUCCUCUGCCAGACCAACACACCCAUACUGACAUCAGCAGUAGCAGAGCACAGGCGGUCGGUGCGUCCGUCCCGUCGGACUCAGGGCUCCAGAAACCCUCUGCGGGCUCUGGCAGCCCGGGAGGACAUCACGCAGGACUACAUGGGGGAGAUGGGUAACACAGCCACUGAGGAAAGGAGCCAAUCAGAGAAGAAGUCUAAGAACUCCUCUGUGGCAGAUUCAAAUCACGCCAGGUCAGAAGACUUCUCUUCCUCAGAUGCUGCGACUAACCAGUCUCAUCCUCCAUUCAGCAGCCUGAUGCUCUUGCAUGUCAAAGGUAGGCGGCAUGUCGAGGUCCGUCUGGUGGAGCCCUCGGUGCGGUCGCUGAACAGCGGAGACUGCUUCCUGCUGGUCACUCCGGAGCACUGCAUCAUGUGGAGCGGAGAGUUCGCCAACGAACAAGAAAAAUCCAAGGCCUCGGAGCUGGCGUCAUUCAUCCAAAGCCAGAAGGAUCUGGGCUGUCAGGCUUCCCAGGUCAUCCACUUGGAGGAGGGGCUGAACUCUGACAGCAGCCUGGCUGCAGACUUCUGGAGCCUUCUGGGAGGAAGGACACAUUACAGAGGAGCGGGUGCACCAGAAGAGGAUGAGCUCUAUGAGUGCGGUGUGGUGGAGUCCAACUGUGUGUACAGGCUGGUGGAGAACAGACUGGUGCCCCAGGAACAGGCCUGGGCCCGCAUCCCCAGCAUCUCCCUGCUGGGAUCCUGUGAGGCUCUGGUGUUUGAUUUCGGCAGCGAGGUGUACCUAUGGCACGGACAGGAUGUCUCCCUCAGCAGGAGGAAUGUUGUUCUCCAGCUGACUCACCAAGUGUGGGCCGGACCGUAUGACUACAGCAACUGUCGAGUCAACCCACUGGAUCCCACACAGAGUAACCCGAGCACACAGCUGAGGGGAGAGGGGCGUCCGAGCUGGGCCCUGUUGGGCUGCAUCUCAGAACACAACGAGACGGCUCUGUUCAAAGAGAAGUUCCUGGAUUGGACGGGCAGAAGUGGCGACGUGGAGGAAGCUGUCUCAGUGAAGGAUGAGUCACAGAACAUCCCAGUUCGGCCGUCCUCGCCUGUCUCCCCAUCGUCAGACCAUCUGAGCCCCUGUGAUGCCAAGGUUCUAGUGUCCAGCCAAUCAGCGGACAGGGAUGGCUUAAUCCACAAUGUGCUGGCAGGCGUCGAUGUCCAAAGGGGUCACGGGGUCAUCACACUGGAGGAGGGGCAUCAGAUCAAGCUUGAGACGGUUGCCGUGGACACCUGGCACGUCCAGGAGUUUGAUGACAGUGAAGUUCCCGUAGAGAGCACCGGACAACUUCAUGAGGGAGACUCCUACGUCAUCCGCUGGACAUACAACAUCAGCACUGUUGAUGAGACAAACAGCCCCGAUGAUUGUGGACAAAAAGAAAACACAGUUUUCUUCCUUUGGCGAGGCCGUCACUCCAGCGUCAGUGGGCGGGACACCGCUGCUUUUCUGUCCAUUGGGAUGAACAACCAUGAAGAAUCCCAGGUGGUGGUUCCUCAGGGACAGGAACCUCCUUGUUUCCUGCAGCUUUUCCAGGGAGGUCUGGUCAUUCACAAGGGCAAGCGAGAGGAGUCCUCAACUAAUGCAGCAGAGUGGCGGUUGUUCUGUGUGCGAGGGGAGCUCCCAGAGGAGGGCUUGCUGUUAGAAGUGGAUUGCUGCUGUGUAGGUCUGAGGUCCAGGGGCUCUGCUGUCCUGCUCAAUAGCCAACAAGGGGUGCUGUACCUCUGGACUGGCUGUAAAGCUCAGGGUAGCUCCAAAGAGGUUGCCAAGAGGGCAGUGGAUCGUCUUACUCAAGUGUGUCCACCAGAGUUGGGUCUCAGCAAAAGCAGCCCUCUGAAUGUGCAGGUAGUUGAAGAAGGUUCAGAGCCUGCAGACUUCUGGACAGCACUGGGACAGAUGGACAGGAAGGCCUAUGACUGCAUGCUGCAAGAUCCAGGAAAAUAUAACUUCACACCUCGUCUCUUCCAUCUGAGUGCCUCCUCUGGGAGUUUCAAGGCUGAGGAGCUGCAGAGUCCAACGCGGCUGCCGGGGCUCGUGAUGGCAAUGCCUUUUGUCCAGGAGAGCCUGUACGCUGCACCACAGCCAGCCUUGUUCCUGCUUGACAACCGUCUAGAGGUCUAUAUGUGGCAGAGGGGUCAGCCUGAGCAGACAGAGAGCUCGGCUUUGGCCUGGAGCCGCUGGCAUAAUGAGAGGCGGUGUGCCAUGCAAACGGCGCUGCAAUACUGCAAAGAGAUGAACCCACUACGCCCACCGCAGGCCUACCUCAUCUUUGAGGGGUCUGAACCUCUCACCUUCACUAAUGUCUUCCCUCGCUGGGAGAGGAGCCUGGGUCCCCACACACAGGGUGACGCAUGGCGGGUGAAGCUGACCUUGGUGCAGGACGCCCUGGCCCAGCUCAUGAAGACCCAAUAUCCUCUGGAGGAGCUGCUACGAAGCCCCUUGCCUGAAGGAGUAGACCCCCAGCACCUGGAGGUCUACCUGUCUGACCAGGACUUCCAGACAAUUUUGGAAAUGAAGAGAGAUGAAUAUGCCUCCCUCCCAGACUGGAAGCAAAUUGAUUUGAAGAAAAGCAAAGGGCUGCUUUUCUAGAGAGCAAUAACAAGUGGAAGCUGACUGAUGCGCUGUAGCAGGGACUUCCUCCUCUGCCAAGAAGGGAUGACGGCGGGGGGAUAUUAGCAUCAUGCUGUUGCACAAAGGACUGCUCACAACGUAAUAAAAAGAAGAAAAAUUCACUUUUAUUUAUGUCAAAUUAGUAUGAGUGUGUGGACUUUUUAAUCGGACAUGGAUUUCUCCGUAGCUAUUGUUCAGAGCACAAAAAAAACAAAAAAAAAACAAAAAACCAACAACAACAAAAAAACACAAAGCACAUUUUGCUAUGAAACAUUUUUCUCUGUACAAAUCAGUGAAAGAUAUAAAGGAAAGGUGUGUGGGAGUAAAGGAAGAACUUCAGUAACAAACAAGAGUGCUUACAAAAAAAGGGUCAAUUCUAAUAAACAAUGUAAACAAGAAAAAAAAUAAAAGGCUAACCACUUUCUAAAUGUUUCCUCCUCGAUCGAUAUACGGGCAUGCUCAGAGCUACAGUUUUAAACAGAAAGAAAAACUGCUGCUUUUCUUCUUCGGCGAAAUCUGAAAACAAAGCGUGUUUGAAAGCAUAAUCUAUGAUGUGUAUUUUACAGCCGUGUGUCAUAAUGUAAUGAUGUGUUCAUUUGUCUGCAAACCUCGUGUGCCAUGGUGAUUGUAGCUAGAGCCCAUGUGUUCAUUCUGACUGUGGUUAAUGCCUUAUUAGGACUCCUUGGAGGUUUACUAUUAGCUAUGCAUGGGGGAGCCAGUAGACAUGCUCCAAUAACAUCCCUCUGGCCCAAAACAGCAUGCUAAUUCUGCUCCACCUCAAUCAACACACUAUACAAAACAUCCUCCUAACACGCCAGGACACAAAUGUACCCUCAAAUAGUGUGUGACAGGAAAAAAAAAUCAACUGUGUAACGCAAAUAUUCUUAACAGCUAAUGGUGAUGUACUUAAAAUGUCUUGGUCUACUUUGAUAUUUGUGUAUUUUUCUUAUUCUUGGCAUCAUGUAGAUAGAAACAGCAGCUACAGUUGAAUUUGGCAGCAAAUUUGAGCUUUCUUUUUUAAAACCUUUUGAUGUCAGAAUUAAAGAAGAAGCAUCUCUUUCUUGA